AUUGAACCCGGGGCACUCUCCCUGGUGCUUACUGUGUUUUUAUUUUAUUUUUGAGUCAGGGUCUCCCUCAGUUGCCAAGGCUGGCUUCGAACUUGCAAUUUCCCCUGCCCCCUCUUUCCUGGUGGCUGGCAUGACAGGUGCAGGUGUACCCCGCAGGCUCAGCCCCCAUGGCCCCUGCUGAAGUCCAGCCUUUGUCCUUAGGUCGGCCCCUCCCUGACCACAGCAGAUUAGGGACGCCUGUGUCCGGCUCUGCCCUCCUCGACUGGGGGCCUUUGGGGGGCCAGGCUCAGGGCUGUCAUCUCAGAGGUCCUGGCGUUGCCCUGGUCGGAGCGGGCACUCGGUGGGUGCUGAGAGACAUGCGAGGACCAGGGGCUGGGGCUGCAUGGGUCACCUGAGGCUCAGAGAGGGGCGGCCAUGCCCAGCGUCCUGCUCAGUCCUUUCCUGGUGGGACCCAGGGCGCCUCCCCAGCCUGCAGUGACCCGGCCCUGUCCCCGCUGCCACCGUGCCUCCCAGGCUCCCAGCUGCUGCCGAGCUGCCCAUGGGGUCAUGAAUUAUGGAUGAGGCCUGCAGGCUCCAGUGACCAGCCUGGUCUCGGAACAUGCCAAGGACACCCUGCGGCCCUCCCCCACUGGGCGGCCGGGCCCAGCCCCGUGCAGAGCCGGGGUUCCCCAGCCAGACCCUCCCGGGCGCCCAUCGUGGGCUGCAGAGGGGAACUGAGGCCUGGGGCUGGACAGUGGCUCAGAGGACAGUGCGCACUGGCCUCCAGGGGCUGCUGGCAGGGUCACCAGGGCAGGGGCAAGCUCUCCCUGCUGAAUGAGCUGCGGCCGGGACUGUGAAGAGGGACUCAAGAGACCUCAGGGGGACCUUCAGGGACACUCCAGGGACCCCAGCACCCUCCCCACCAGACUCUCUUCCCACAGGAGCCGUGAGCAUCUGAGGGCAGGUCUGGGUUCCGCCGUGGCAGGGUCAAGCCUGCUGUCAUUUCCUGCUGCGGGACCUUGACAGAUAUCGGAGGGGGCCUGCAGGGGUCUCCACAGAGGCCAUCAGGAUGUCGUACUUUGGGGAACAUUUUUGGGGUGAGAAAAAUCAUGGCUUUGAGGUCCUGUACCACAGCGUGAAGCAGGGGCCCGUCUCCACCAAGGAGCUGGCUGACUUCAUCCGGGAGAGAGCCACCAUCGAGGAGACGUACUCAAAGGCAAUGGCGAAACUCUCCAAGCUGGCCAGCAACGGGACCCCCAUGGGGACCUUCGCCCCGCUCUGGGAGGUCUUCCGAGUCUCCUCCGACAAGCUGGCGCUGUGCCACCUGGAGCUGACGCGGAAGCUGCAGGACCUCAUCAAGGACGUGCUGCGCUACGGGGAGGAGCAGCUCAAGGCCCACAAGAGGUGCAAGGAGGAAGCGCUGGGCACCCUGGACGCGGUGCAGGUGCUCUCGGGCGUCAGCCAGCUGCUGCCCAAGUCUCGCGAGAACUACCUGAGCCGCUGCAUGGACCAGGAGCGCCUGCGCAGAGAGAACACCAGCCAGAAAGAGAUGGACAAGGCAGAAACCAAAACCAAGAAGGCGGCGGAGAGCCUGCGGCGCGCGGUGGAGAAGUACAAUUCGGCCCGGGCCGACUUCGAGCACAAGAUGCUGGACUCGGCGCUGCGCUUCCAAGCCAUGGAGGAGACCCACCUGCGACACAUGAAGGCGCUGCUGGGUUCCUACGCACACUCUGUGGAGGACACUCACGUGCAGAUUGGGCAGGUGCAUGAGGAAUUUAAGCAGAACAUAGAGAACGUCAGCGUGGAGAUGCUGCUCAGGAAGUUUGCUGAGAGCAAGGGCACGGGCCGGGAGAAGCCAGGACCUCUGGACUUCGAGAGCUACAGUGCGGCCGCGCUGCAGGAAGCAAUGAAACGCCUGCGGGGAUCCAAGGCCUUCCGCCUUCCAGGACUAAGCCGGCGGGAGCGGGAGCGGGAGCCUCGAGCCACCGUAGAUUUCCUGGAACCCGAUUCAGGGAUGUGUCCAGAGGUGGAUGAAGAAGGUUUCACCGUCCGACCUGAUGUGACCCAGAACAGCACGGCCGAGCCUUCUCGUUUCUCCUCUAGUGACUCCGACUUUGAUGAUGAGGAGCCUCGGAAGUUCCACGUGCACAUCAAGCCCGCGCCAGCCCGGGCUCCGUCCUGUAACCCCGAGGCUGCAGCGGCACAGCUCAGGGCCACAGCGGGCAGCCUCAUCCUACCUCCAGGCCCAGGGGGCACCAUGAAACGCCAUUCUUCACGGGAUGCUGCUGGGAAACCACAGAGGCCUCGGUCUGCCCCAAGGACCAGCAGCUGUGCAGAAAAGCUGCCCUUGGACGAGCAGGUAUCCAAGAAUCUCUUUGGGCCACCCCUGGAGUCAGCCUUUGACCAUGAAGAUUUUACAGGCUCCAGCAGCCUCGGGUUCACCUCCAGCCCCUCCCCUUUCUCCUCCUCGUCACCUGAAAACGUGGAAGACUCUGGCCUCGACUCUCCUUCCCAUGCAGCACCCGGCCCCUCCCCGGAUUCCUGGGUCCCCCGCCCGGGCACCCCGCAGAGCCCGCCCACCUGUAGGGCACAGCCCCCUGAACCCAGGGGAACACGGCCCCCACCGCCACCCGACUCUCCGCAGCGCCUGGCACCAUCGCCAGGCCCUUGGGGACUGGAGGCCGGAGGAGACCUGGUGCCCCCACCCGCCGAUGGCACCUCUAGGGAGGGCCUCGCUGCCCCACCCCGGAGGCCGCGCUCCAGGAAGGUGUCCUGCCCCCUCACCCGGAGCAACGGUGACCUGUCUCGGCCCCUGAGCCCCUCCCCACUGGGCUCCUCCGCCCCCAGCAUCACCUCGGAGCGGCCCGGCUUCUCCUCCCAGACAGGACACGGAGUCUCCCGGGGCCCAAGCCCUGUGGUCCUCGGCUCCCAGGAUGCCCUGCCUGUGGCCACAGCCUUCACGGAGUACGUCCACGCCUACUUCCGUGGCCACAGCCCCAGCUGCCUGGCUCGAGUCACUGGGGAGCUGACCAUGACCUUUCCUGCUGGUAUCAUGCGAGUGUUCAACGGGACCCCACCCCCACCCGUCCUCAGCUUCAGGCUCGUGCACACGGCCCCCAUCGAGCACUUCCAGCCCAGUGCUGACCUGCUCUUCAGUGACCCCUCCCAGAGCGACCCGGACACCAAAGACUUCUGGCUCAAUAUGGCAGCUCUGACCGAGGCCCUGCAGCGCCAGGCGGAGCAGAACCCCACGGCCUCCUACUACAACGUGGUGCUGCUGCGAUACCAGUUCUCCCGCCCCGGCCCCCAGUCCCUGCCUCUGCAGCUGAGCGUCCACUGGCAGUGCGCGGCCUCGCUCACCCAGGUCUCGGUGGAGUACAGCUACCGCGCUGGGGCCACCGCCGUGUCCACGCCGCUCACCAACGUCCAGAUCCUGCUGCCCGUGGGGGAGCCUGUGACCAAUGUCCGCCUGCAGCCUGCUGCCACCUGGAGCCUGGAGGAGAAGCGGUUCAUGUGGAAGCUUCCAGAUGUGUCUGAGGCAGCAGGCUCUGGCCACCUCUCUGCCAGCUGGGAGCCCCUGUCUGGGCCCAGCACGCCCAGCCCUGUGGCCGCACAGUUCACCAGCGAGGGGGCCACUCUGUCGGGCGUGGACCUGGAACUGGUGGGCAACGGCUACCGCAUGUCGCUGGUGAAGAGGAGGUUCGCCACAGGGAUGUACCUGGUAAGCUGCUGAGCUGGGACCGAGGUGCUCACUCACCCCCCGCCCUCCUGCUGGGAGCCGGGCUGCUGUCGCCCCCACGAGGCCAGACUCUGGAGAGGAGCCCCGCGCCAGCCCAGCUGAGCCGAGACCGGCCUCCUCCCACCAACGCCCCAGGUCCUGGCCUUUUAACGUUCUUCGAAUAAACACUUUAUUUUCUAACAAAAUAAAAAAGGAGACCUUA